GCCCGGUCCCGCCGCCCCCGCCAUGCCGCCCGCCCGCUCCCCGUACCUCCCGCCCUGGUGGGCGGCAUGGCUGCACGGGCUGCCCCACCGCGACCUCCGCCUCCAGCCCGUCCCCAGCACCUUCCGACCGCGGGACCCCGACUACCAGCAGUCGCUGCUGUUCCUGGGCUUGGUGGCCGCCGUCUGCCUCGGCCUCAACCUCCUCUUCCUCACCGUUUACCUGAUCUGUUUGUGCUGCUGCAAGAGGGACCGGGACCCCGAGGUCAAGCGGCCCCACUCCUGCUGUGUCACCUGGAUGGCUGUCACCGCCGGGCUCAUCUGCUGCAUGGCCGUCGGGAUUGGCUUCUAUGGGAACAGUGAGACCAACGAUGGGGUCUACCAACUGCUCUAUGCCCUGGACCAUGCCAACCACACCCUGACUGGCAUCGACUCACUGGUGGCCGGCACCACUCUGCAGAUGCAGGUGGGCUUGGAGCAGCACCUGGGGCGGCUGAACGAGCUCCUGGCUGCCCGGGGGGAUUACCUGCAGACCCUCAAGUUCAUGCAGCAGUUGGCAGGCAGCAUUGUCCUGCAGCUCUCGGGGCUGCCAGCCUGGCAAGGGACCAGCACCGACCUCACCGCGCUGGCCAACCGCGUCGCCUACGUGGAGCAUUACCGGUGGUUGUCUUAUCUCCUCUUCUUCCUCCUCGUCCUCACUGUUUGCCUCCUGGCCUGCCUGGGGCUGGCCAAGCGCUCCCGCUGCCUCCUCACCACGAUGCUGUGCUGUGGGCUGCUCACCCUCAUCCUCAGCUGGGCCUCCAUGGCCGUGGACACGGCGGCAGCAGUGGGCACCAGCGACUUCUGCGUGGCCCCGGAUAAAUUCAUCAUGAACCAGACAGACAGUGAGAUCAGCGUGGAGGUGCUUCACUAUUACCUGUAUUGUGAGCAGACCCUGAGCAACCCCUUCCAGCAGGUCCUCACCGUCUUCCAGCGCUCCCUCACCACCAUGCAGAUCCAGAUCCAGGGCCUGAUACAGUUUGCACUGCCCCUCUUCCCCACAGCCGAGAAAGACCUGCUGGGGGUCCAGCAGCUCCUCAACUCCUCAGAGACCAGUCUGCACCAGCUCACGGCCAUGCUGGACUGCCGGGGGCUGCACAAGGACUACCUGGAUGCCCUCAUUGGCAUCUGCUAUGAUGGGGUGGAGGGUUUGCUCUACCUGGUCCUCUUCUCCCUGCUGGUGGCCGCCUGCUUCUCUGCCAUCAUCUGUGCCACCCCACGAGCCUGGAAGCACUUGGCUGGCAGGGACCAGGACUAUGAUGAUAUGGAUGAGGAAGAUCCCUUCAACCCCCAGGCCCGUCGCAUCGCCAUCCCCCACCCAGCCCGGGGGCAGCUCCGCAGCUUCUGCAGCUACAGCAGCAGCCUGGGCAGCCAGAGCAGCCUGCACCCCCCUGCACAGACCAUCUCCAACGCCCCCGUCUCCGAGUACAUGAACCAAGCAGUGCUCUUCGGUGGGAACCCCCGCUACGAGAACGUCCCCCUGAUCGGCAGAGCCUCUCCUCCCCCCACGUACUCCCCGAGCAUGAGAGCCACCUACCUGUCUGUCACCGAUGAGCACCUCAGGCCCCACGGCACCCAGUGCCCCGCGUAAGGCGCCGGCCCCGGGCAGCUCACCCCAGGAGGAAAAGCCACCGGUGUUUCCAUCCCGGAAACCAAAGACACAUCUGGAAAAGCCGUGGUGGGAAGGACAAGCCCCACACACCUCCUCACACCCCCCCAGGGACAGCUCCUGCUCUGCCUCACCUUUCCCUGCCUUAUGGCUGACAGCGACUCCGGACCCCAACCCCACCCGGCAGCACCAGGACCAGGACCAGAGAUGUCCCACUCCGUGUCCCCUGCCAUGGCUUCUCCUCUGCCAUGGCUUCUCCUCUGCCAUGGCUUCUCCUCUGCCCACCCGGGGAUGCUGGACAUGGGGGACAGGACCCUCCUCAGAUCCCUCUGCCCCACGCUGCCCCCAGCCCCAUGAGGAGGGGUCUGCAGCUCCAUGGCUGCCGUAGCCAUGAACCAACCCCCGGGGACCCCAGACCCUGCCGCUGGCUUUGUCACCCCUGAGGGGGACAGCCCUGCCAGGGCUCCCCUGUUCCCCCUCGCUGUCCCCACCUUGGGCUGUAGGGUUAGGGAGGGUUUGGCCAUUUUCCCUUUGCUUCCCUCCCGGGUUUUAGGGGCUCUCUGCAAGGCAGAGCUGUGGUUCGGUUCUGUCCCGGCACGGUGUGUGAUGGUGGAAGGUUUGGGGAUGGGUUUUGGGCUCGUUUUGGUGAUUGAUCUCUCCGGGCUGGCACCCCCCUCCUGCAGGACAGCCCUGGGGGGGACACGAAUCCCAGGGAAGGGGCUCGGGGGCUGCCUGGGUGUCCCUGGAGCCAGACGAAGCCUUUUCCUCCCUGACUGCAAUGAGCAGACACCUCCUGGCUUGUUGGGGGGUUCCCCAUCCUCCAACCCCACUUCUGAUAACCAAACCAGGGGGGGACACCCUGCAGCCAUCCGGGGGGCUGUAAUAAUGAUAAUAAUAAUGAUAAUAAUAAUGAUAACCCCUGCAGACCCCUAACGCCCUCAGUCCCUGUUCCCAGCAUCGGUUGUUGGAAACGUCAGGGGAUUUUUAUAUUAAUUUUUUUUUCUUGUAUGGGUUUGUUGUUUUGUUUUGGGGUUUUUUUUUUUGGCUUUUAACGUUUGGAUGUAACAGUAGGAGAGCUGGUGUGCCCCACAUGUGAUCAAACCCCAGGGCUCAGCCUGGGACCAGGGCUCCAGCCUGGUUUGUACGGGGAAAAGACAAUAAAUCACUUUAUACUAAACUU